GUCAUAGGAAUCUACGAAACAGCCGCGGCAUCAUAUCACUGUCCGAACGAAAGGCUUAAACCCCCAAAUCAAAAAACACAAAGAAUACGAGAUUUGGGAUGUAAGAGAUCUGCUUAUGAGAAUUCAGAUUUUUGCGAAUCAUUCCACCAAGAGGAAUCUGGUUGGAGGGAAUGCAGAGUAUGUAGGAAGCGCAUCCACUGUGGAUGCAUUGCUUCAAGAUUUUUACAUGAAUAUAUGGAUUUUGGAGGUAUAGGGUGCAGAGACUGCACAAAGCAGAUGGAAAUUAAUUUAAUGCAAUCAACACAGAUCCCUCUUGAUGCCAUUCCAAAUGGCACCUUUGUCACAAAUGGUAUUGGAUAUGAUCAUCCUACGGCUGUUGAGAAUAGAAUUAAUGAUGAAAAAUUUAGUAUGGAGAGGCUACUGCAGUUGACGAAGACCAUAGGGGCCAAUGAGCCCGAACGACCCUUUCAGUCUCAGAAACGAGAGAGCGUGGAAAGGAACAGACACUUUUUGAAUCGCAACAAACGAUCACCUGAGUCCUCUUCCUUCAUCAAAACAGACAACAGCAGGCCGAAGCAAGGGCUUAAGGAUGCUCAUGAAUCUCUUGCACAACCACAUCCAAACAUCCCUUUGAGUUCACCUAUAGGUAGUAACAACUUUGUUUUGCCUUUUCCUGCUGGAAUCACCGAAGGAAGCGAACAGAGCAAAGGCUCGUCUGAGCAGGGGCAGAGGUCACGAAAUAUUUUGCCAAAACCCCCUGUAUCAGGUUCUGAACAAAACAAAGGAACUGCACGCGUAGCAAGGCCUCCUGCCGAAGGACGGGGCCGGAGUCAGUUGCUUCCUCGAUACUGGCCGAGGAUUACAGAGCAAGAGUUGCAGCAAUUGUCUGGAGAUUUGAAAUCUACUAUCAUACCAUUGUUUGAAAAGGUUCUGAGCGCUAGUGACGCUGGAAGAAUUGGUCGUUUGGUUCUGCCCAAAGCAUGUGCUGAAGCGUACUUUCCUCCUAUUAAUCAGUCAGAAGGUAUACCAAUUAGGAUUCAGGACAUAAAGGGGAACGAGUGGACAUUUCAAUUCCGAUUUUGGCCCAAUAAUAACAGCCGAAUGUAUGUUUUGGAGGGAGUAACCCCUUGCAUCCAAAGUUUGCAAGUACAAGCUGGUGACACAGUCACAUUUAGCCGGAGAGAUCCUGGGGGUCAGCUUGUCAUAGGUUCUCGGAAAGCUACCACCACUUCUGAUAUGCAGGAUUCCCAAACGCCAGCCAUUCCCCAUGGUGGUUCUCCCAGGGAAAUGUCAGUUUCUGGUCAUGCCGAUAACCUGCUUCCAAAUGGAGGCAGAACAAGUGAUUAUUCUAUGAAGCAUCCUACUCCGAUUUUAGAGAAGAAGAAGAUGAGAAACAUAAAAAAUAAGAGGCUUCUCAUGCAUAGUGAUGAUGCUAUGGAGCUUAAAGUCACCUGGGAAGAAGCACAGGGAUUGUUCCGUCCAUCCCCAUCUUCCGAACCUACCAUUGUCAUGAUUGAGGAUCAUGCAUUUGAAGAAUUUGAGGAACCACCAAUUUUCGGAAAGAGGACAUUUUUUACAUCUCGGAUUUCCGGGGAGCAGGAACAAUUGGCUCAAUGUGACAGAUGCACAAAAUGGCGAAGAUUACCUUUGCAUGCUCUUCUUUCUGCAAAGUGGACAUGUUCGGAGAAUACAUGGGACUCAAACAGGAGUUCGUGUGCUGCUCCAGCGGAUAUAAAUCCAAGGGAUCUGGAUGCUUUCUUUACAGUUAACAAGGGUUUGAGCCAGGAUAACAAAGCAUCCAAAGAAGGUGAGCCUUCUGGCUUAGAUGCCUUGGCAACUGCUGCCGUUUUGGGAGACAACAUCGAUGAGUUGGGAGAAUCUUCGGUUGGAAUCACUACAAGACAUCCUCGGCAUCGCCCGGGCUGCUCAUGCAUUGUCUGCAUUCAACCUCCAAGUGGGAAAGGUAAGCAUCAGCCCACAUGCAAAUGCAAUGUUUGCUUGACGGUUAGACGUCGCUUCAAGACACUCAUGAUGCGUAAGAAAAAGAAACAAUCAGAACGGGAAGCCGAGCUUCUUGCCCAAGCAAAGGAUAAGGGUCCCGCAAAUGUUGGACUGGAAAACGAAGAAAUUGCUGGACAUGCAUUACUGCAUAUGAUUCAGACAGAAAAUGCAGCUGGUCCGAGUGGAAAUCAAUUGGAGUUGGCCGAGGCCAACAAGGGACAACUUGACUUGAAUUCUGAUCCUCAUCAUGAGGAUGACAUGCUCGAAGAGGCUGCUGGUAUGAGCUUGACGACGCUGAUGAAUGCUGCUAGCCUUCCGUUGGAUAUGUAUAUUGGGCCAAAUGGAGUUGGGCCCGGUUUGCUUCCGCAAUCUGCUGAUGAGAGCGAUGGAUAUGGUGAAGUGGACAAUGCAUGUAAAAAUGAAGCGCAGAAUAAGGGUGAAGACGGGUAAUUUGAGAGACCCUUCUGGAGUUGUAUAAUUUUUCGGUACUAUUUUACCUGAUAGACUACAGUUUUAUGUCAUUUAAGUUAUAGAUGCAUCCUUUUGUAAAAUCAGUUAUCUUUUUGCCUGUUAUGAUACAGUCCUAUAGCUUGUACUAUGGACCUUCAAAGUGGAAACAAUGGAUUGGAGUUGGUUAUGUUCUUCCACC